AUGUGGUGGCUCCGGCUGGCGGUCAUCUCGACUGCGGCCGUAAGCCAUGGUUGGUGGGCUGGCCCGGAAGGGCCACCGGAGGUGGAGCCCUUGGAGGAGCAGGCUGGUUGGCGGCAGCAUCUUCGGGAGUGGUUCCCGGGUGCUGAGCGAAGGCUCAAUGCCACGGAAGAGUGGCUCACUAGCCUGGCGAGCUGGGGUCGGGAGUUGGAAGGAGCCUCGACCUGGGGAAGCUGGGAUGUGGCGCUGUGGAUGGUCGUGGACACCCUCUUCGGCAUGAUCGGGUGGGCACUCUUCGGCAGCGCUUGGACUAAGGUUCGGACCGGAUGCCGCCGGCUCCUCCAGGUUCUGGUGGUGCUGGGGCUCUGCCUGGUAGCUCACUAUGUGUGGGCCGUGUGCUACCCCAUUGUGUCGCUCCUGAUCGGGGCCUGCAUGGCGAUGGCAUGGCUACUUCGCAAAGUCCUACGAGGAGUUGGGGCCUUUGCGUUCUGGUUUCAAAAGGUUACAGGAGGCUCUCCAGAAGCCUCUGAAGCAGAGUUCUUGGGCCCUGCCACGGGACGUACACCUGAAACCUCCCAGCUUCGAGCGUUCAAGAGGUCCGGUGAGCAGCCCAAGUACAUGGUGGUGAAGAGAGGGGAAGAUGCUGCUGUCUUCGCCAUCGGCAUGGAUUCCCAGUCCAUCAAGACCCACGGCCUCUAUGUCCCUGUGGAGUGCAACACGAUUCGCGGAUCUCCGGCUUUGGUGAGGCGGCUGCGGGACGUCGAGAAGGUGCACUUAUGCCGAAACGAGGCCUGCACCGAAGAGGGAGGGGAGCACUUCGUCAUGUACGGGUUAGUUCGAAAGAAUGACCCGGAAAGAUUCCAGAUGGCCCAAGCUCGGGAGGGUGCGCGCAAGGUGACCCACGACUUCUGGGCCUGGUUGAAAGGGUCCCCGUUGACCCAAGGCACCUCACAGUUGAUGCAUCGCCUUCGGGAAUUGGGUUCCGAAUCGGAGCAAGAAGAGGAGCACCUUGUUUGCUGUGGCAGCCUGGUCACAUGGCGGGGCCCUGAUGGAACUAUGCAGUGCCUGGCCAAUCGGCCGUGCAGUGUGCGUGCUCAGCAUUUUGGGCAACUCCUCCAGGAUGAUGUCCCCACUCAGUGCGGGGCUGUGGCAUUGUGCGGGGAUCAUGCUACUCAGUACCUGACCCGACGGUAUCCCGACAAGUGCAGUGUGACCUUUUGCAGAAGGUUUGGCAACAAGCUGCAGCAUGGAGAGGCGCACGGUGACGAGGAUAGGCAUGGUCGUGCGAGAAAGCUGUUGGGAAGGGCUCGUGAAUGUGAGGAGCCCGAGAGCAAAGAGAGAACGCCACGUCGGAGGGGAACAACACGCUCACCUGGACAUACUCCGAAAGGAUCAAGCAUCAGUCGAAAUCUAUCCCGCAUGGGGAUGCUCGAGUCGCCAGGUUCGGAAGGUGCCGGCAGCUUGCUGGAAGAGUUCUUUGAGAUCUUUGCAGCCGGGAAGGCUGAUGGACUCCGUGAAGACCAAGCGCGUAAAAAGCUGGGAGCUGACCGCCUGCUACUACCCGGUGAUCUUCUUCGACAACUGGUUGGGGAGGCGGAGAAUGAGCAGGCGCAAGGACAGAGAGGGCUGUCACGUUUCUUGACCACGUGGCGGAAGGAGCUGGCUAGGUUGGGAAGGCCUCACGGAGAAGGGGAGGGAUGUAGCGACUGGAGUAUGGUGGAAGGUGGCAGUCAAGCCGCGUCUCCUGGGGAUACUCCGGAGAAGGAUGGGGAUAGAGCUACAUCGCUGCCUUUAGCUUCGUCUUUGAGGACCUCGGCAUCCAGGACGAGACCUACGUCUGAGCCUGCACCUCCGAUCCCCCUGGUCUGGCAGAACGGGGACAGCAGAUGCCUCAGGUGGAAGAGAAGCGAGGUGAUGGGCUACGAGUGGCACCCCCGGGGAUCUAUCGCCCUGACACCAGGGCCGGAGCCAGGACCGACAGUGGACCUACUGCAGAACCCGUUGUCCAAAUUGCCAAAGCGAUCCAACAUCAAACAGCAGAAUUGGCUUCUUUGGUUCGCCAACAAACCGAAGGAGCAGGAGGUAGGAGCCUCGACCAAGCUUCGAGCAGCAGGCUUCCGCCAAAGGAUGUCAACCCGGCUGGCAGUGGGGAUUGCAGGGCCGUACUGGGGCAUUCAGGAGAAGUAUGGCCUAAGCGCUGCGGACUUCCUUUCCUACACGGACGCUGAGCUCGACCAGUUUGCGUCUGAGGCCAAGGUGAUGAAGAACACCGACCAAAGACCUCCUCCUCCGUCCAGGUUUGACGAGUGGACCGCCCGAGUACGACACCAGACAGAUGUGUGGUGCCUGGUUUAUGGGGAGGAAUGGAGGGCCGUACGGAACAACGCCCUCAACCUCUUGUCGGAGUGGCAUCUGUCCCAUCCCCACAGGUGGCCGCUGGCCAUAGUCAUCGACAUCUGGGAGGAGAUUCACUGGCGAUUUCUGGAGGAGCUCAAGGACGUGCUUCGGAGCCUCAAGAAGGAGAUUGGCAGGGAGACGAUCAGCCUUACCGAGCUCAAGUUCCAUGCGCUACUUCCGGGACCAGAUGGACAGGCAUGGCUGGUGAUGCCCACAACCUUCGACAUUGAGAAGCCCGACUCGUGGUUCCAGACCGAGGUCCUCCCAAGGAUCGAGAGGAAGCAGGACCGCCUCUUAUGGAAUCUCACUUGGCAGGGCGGGGCACGGAAGGAUCGCAACCCGGCAGCACCGGCAGGAGGAGCAGGGGAGAGUGCAGGAAGCUUGAGCUCGCAGUCCAAGCCCACUCUCAAGUCGUUGUGGGGGCCCAAGUUGACUCCGGAGGAGGUCGGAAUGGCCAAAGAUCGGGCCCCUUUGGACCGCCACGGCAAGUUGCUCUGCUGGGGAAACCUGUGCCACAUUGGCUGCCAGACGACAGGUUGUCAGCGCUCCCAUGAAGGACUUCGCGGCUCUUUCGAGAAUCUGGACCCGUGUGUGCAAAUGCAACUCCUCAAAAGAGGCGGGCUGAAACGGAUGAAGCUCGAGAGCCCGGACACCGUGACCACCAAGAUCAAAGACAUCCGGUCCAAGAUGCGGGUCGAGAAGACCGACAAGAUCCAGGACGGAAAGAAGCGAGCGAAAGCUGGGAGCACCCCGGCAGCCGUCGGGACAGAAUCUGGAGGGCAGGAGGUAACGGAAGAUGGCCGAGCUGGAGGAGAAGGGCCAAAGGUGCGAUUUUGGGACGUCCCUGAGGAGUUCGAAGUCGACUACACCAAGGGCGAGGACCUCAAGGAUGUGAUUCAAGGGCCGGACUAUGCAUGGCAUCGAGAUGUUCAUCGUGAUCUUCCACCUCAUCAUGGUCGGGAUGGUACUUCGGCACCGCAGGAGGCGAAGCACCUGGUCCAGAAAGCCCAGGAGCUAGGAAAGUCCCCCGCUCUUCAGGCACUGGAGGGAGCCACUGAUGACCUGUAUGCAUGGGCCGCUGAUAGAGUUGCCAGGGAACCCGGAGUCGAACUCUCUUCACUUCUUCAGGAAAUGGCGACCUAUGGGAUGGGAGAGCUUGCACGAGAAGCGGCUGAACUACUGGAGCAACGGGAAGGAACUAAAGCAGGCUCGGCUCGGCUGGUGGUUCGAGACACCCUGUGGGCAGAGGGGCAACCAGGGCAGGGAAGCGUCGAGCUCGACGGCACCACUUGGCGGCUGUGGGACUAUCAGGAGGACGUCAUGAUGACGGAGGACCUGGCAGCACUUCUUCACCUACCGGAGGUGUCCAUCGAGCGGCGGCAGUGCGUGACCAUUACCAUCGCGGCUAUGGUUGAGUGGAAGGAGAAGGGCCGACGGCCGUCGGUGGAGCAAGUUCAGACCAGAGCACAAGGCCUGAGGUUGGAGCAGACGCGGCUAGCAGUGGACGCGGCCAACACCAUCGGCGAGGCGGAGGAGAUGGUUGCAGCUGUGGAACAUGAAGUCAGGACCUACAUCCAUGACCUCACUACAGCUCACCACGAGAAGGACUUUCGCUCGUUGGCGGUCUUCCCUUUGGAAGCCCUUGCGGACUGCCGAUUGGUGGUUUUCAGGGCGGACUACCGAGGGGGCUUGGUCGUGGAGUGCAUCAUUGGGUCCAACUGGAUAGAUGGGGGUUGGACGACCUUCGCACUGAUUUGGAAGGGCCACAUGGUCCUUCUGGAACCACCGGACGGCUACGACCUGGAGCGCUUCCUGGCCAGAGAGGACCCCCAAACCACGCCUGCGAUGGGGUUCACGUUCUUUUGGCAUGCUCGUCAUGAUCAACCUCCCACUGCACCAGGCAAGAUCUUCUGCAGGUUGUGCAAAGCAGGUCGCAAAGCUGGGGAGUCGCUCAACGCGCCAAGGCAUAGCUGCCUGUCCUACACAGCCGCCACCGCGGGAGGAACCAUGGACAUCCACCACGACCACAAUGUGAUUCGGGCAGUUCGGGGUGCAGGCCAGCCACAUGAACCGGGGCAGCUGGUGCUAAGGGAGUUCUUUGCCGGGAAAGGUGGCAUCUCCGCGGAGUGGAGCAAGACGAGCCCGAUCAUGGAGCCAGUCGAGGUCUACGAGCAUCCCCACGACAAGCAGGGUUACAGGGCACACUUUGACUUGAGUCGAAAGGAUGUCCACGACAAAUUUCUGGCAGAGGUGCGUACCGGACCUUCAAAUGUGCAUUGGAUUGCAGCCCCUUGCACGAGCUACUGUGACUGGCAGCAGAAGAAUGGCGGGACUCGCACCUUCGAGUGUCCCGAAGGCACUGGACAGGGACCGUUAGCAGCAACUGAGGCAACGGGCAACAUCUUGAGUAUGCACGCUGCUGAGCUCUUUGAGGCUUCGUUGGAUUCCGGCGCCUUCCCCCUCGUCGAGUCCAGUGGGGUCAGUGGUCGGUACCCCAAGCAAUGGGACCUACCGUGUUGGAAGCGCAUCCUCCACCGGCCGGACGUAGAGUAUGUUGACCUGCCCAUGUGCGCCUUUGGUCUUGGUCCCCCUGAUGAGCCAGAUCAUUUCUAUGUGCACAAGACCAGGGUGGUCUUCCCACUGCAUCCACCGUUACGGCGGGCGCUCCGGCGAGUCUGUCCGGGCCUGUCAACCUCCCACCGGCACAUCGGACUGAAGGGUUGUCGCGACGGCCAAACCGCGGUCUACGGGAUCGAGGCGGAGACGAUGGAGAAGAUGGAGGUGCUCUACUACCUGGUGACCGUGAAGAGGCUGGCGGAGACGGUGAGGAUGACCUACCUGGAGACCUACCCGGAGACGAUGGCGAAGGACAUGACGGAGAUGGCGGAGGCGUCCAAGGACAUGACGGAGAUGGCGGAGGGCCGUGAUCUCAGCAAAGGACCGGGUGAUCCCUAUGCCGUGGAGACCAAUGAGAAGCUCAUCCGCUCCGGCGGGAGGAAGUCCACCAGGGUGGAAUACCCGUAUGGCCUGUCGAGGGCGGAGCGAUAUCGCUUGGCAUGUGAGAAAGGAAAGGGCAAAGGCACCCCCUCCCGAGGCGCCGAGCCACCUCUAGGAGAUCUUGACCGAGGAGAAGGGGAGACCCUGCAAGGAGUCUGGGCAGAUCCAAUGGGCCCCUCCACCAGUGUGGACUUUCACCGCACCAGCCCAACCGGACCGGGCGACCACUGGGGCUCGCCUCAAAGGUGGCAGUACAACCCGUCCCGCAGGCAACUGUGGAGAGUUCAUGAUGAACCCAGGACGACCCUUUACGUCCCGUCAGAGAUUGGUCUCCCUACACCGCUGGCCCACCUGACCAACGAGAGGGUCACCCAUCUGCGAGAAGGGGCGAACCAGGUUGUCAUCACGGAUGAUUGGCGGGCUGCCGGAGGAGCUGAUCCAGGCUAUGGCAGGUGGACGGGCGUGACCAUCUUCACCAUCCAGGAGAUGCCGGUUGUCGACGACGAGGCGAUCCCGUGUGAGGACGACUGGGAGUGGGGCGAAGACGAGGAUGAGGGACCCGACCCGGGAGAAGAUGACGGACCCGGGCCAGAAGUGAGUGUCCAAGUGGAGUCAGGCCCCACGGCCUACGCCGGGAGCGAGGCACAGGACGGCCCAGGUUCGGCCUACCAGGCACCAACUACAGCAGCGCGGCAGGCAGCGGAGGAGUAUGUCAAGGCCAUUGAGCGGGACUUUGACAACACUCCCAAUGGUUGGGCAGCCGUGCUACGGGCGGGCAACAAGCUGGUUGAGGUCGCGGGUGGAGUGCGCCAAGCUGCUGAAAGCCUCUGGGAGGUAAGGGAGAAGGCCGGCAUGAUGAACCUAGCCCAGGUGGAUGACCCGGAGCUUGACCGGGUGCUACACCCCCACCUACUGGAGUAUCUCCGGGAUGUUCGACGAUAUGGCAUGGCGGCCAGGUUCCAAGGGCUUCGAACCAGAGCCUUUGCGAAGCUUCACCCCAAUGCACGACGCCAUGUUGACAAGGUCUUCGCCCAGGUCGCCAAGGAUGUGGGAAAGCAGAGGGUGUUGGUCGUCAGCGCCAUGAUGCCGCAGCUGAGCGGGACGAUGGCCUCACCGUUUGAGGCGGUGCAGAAGCUUAAACCAGAUCGCUCGGUGUCGGAGGAGGUGAGAGUGGUCCACGACCAGAGGACCAUCAACCAUGGGACGAACAAGUUCCUUCACCCGCCGGCCCUUCAACCUACCCACUCGCAGAUCGCCAAGCGCAUCCUAUGGGCUAAGGGUCGGUGCCCGGGCUUGCCGGUCCUCCUGUCCAAGAAGGACAUUUCUGGGGCUUUUAGGCUUCUAUGGGUCGCCCCGGAGGAUGUAGAGUUGUUCGCCGGGGAGCUGCCGUGGAACCCGAGGAAGGCCUUUCCGAACGCCACAGAUGAAGAGAUUCACUUGGAGGGCGUCCCAGGCGGCGACAUCACGGUGGUCUACUUGGUCUCCAGCUUCGGGUUCAGUGGUAGCCCGGGAGAAUGGACUGUAUGGGGGCGUAGCACGGAGGAAUUCCAUCGAGCUCACCGCCCGGCGGUUCCACGGAGAGACAUGGGCCAUGGUUUCGAUUGCAAGGUCCUCGUCGACGACGGAGUGUUGGUGGAGCCCUGGGUGGGACUGAGGCCGUGGGUGAGCGCGGAGGUGUUUGAGCACGGCAUCAGGACGCUCCUGGGGAACAAGGCGGUGAAUGAGGAGAAGGACAAGGACGAGACUGCUACGCUUCCAGAGCGACGCAUUCAGAAAGGAGCGGUCCUUUUAGCUGACAGCUGCUUUGACUACGGCUCCAAGGAGGUCACUCUGAAGCAGCUACAACAGUUCAGAGGCAUCUUGACCGGAUGGGGAGCCAUCGUGAAGGGUCUGGUGAACGAGCUCAAGGCGGCGGACAAGUUUCUUGCGGGUCGUGACGGGCAUCAGAAGGUGAAUCCCCGACUACGUGGAGAAGGCAGCCAAGCCUGGGAGGCAGACCGGGCAUGGGAGGAUCUAUGGGAGCUUUUCGAGGUCUGCCGUUGGCUGAGUGCGCGGACGGAUCGAUGGGAAUCUUUUGCCACUGGCUUGAGAUCUAUGCUCCCCACUAUGGAGAGAUUGAGUUUGCCUGGAGAGUGGGAGAAGGUCAUUUGGGUGUCGUCCGACGCUACGCCUACAAUGGUGGGAGCCAUCGAUUGGACCAACAGACAGGUGACACGCCUUCCCACCGGGACAUUGAAAGCGUGGGCCGCUCGGGCUCUGUCAGACUAUGAGAUUGGGGAUCAGGAGACCGACCUCGUGAUCCACCUGGGUGAGAUGCUGUCCUUUGUUGCCUUUGCAUGUGCAGCUGGGGACCAGUGGAAGGGGGGCAGUAGUGGCCUAUGGGCCCUCAACCUGGCGGAGAUGAAGUACAACUUCACGGUCGUGAGCGGAUGGUGGCGGACCUAUCACAACGUCCAUGCGGACUUCAUCACGCGGUGCACCCAGGCGGAGUUCGAGGACUUCGUGAAGGAGAAGGGCCUUCAGGUGCUGGACAUCUCUGCGGCGAUCCACGGCGCUCUGGAGGACUCGGCCUUGGGAGGAGCCUUAGGCGCGGCCAUCGAGGACGUUGGGGACCGGCCGGUGCUUUUGUGCGCCACGCUCGGAGUGGACUACAAAGGGAAGCACAUGGAGCAGUACCUCCGCAACCUUCAACAUGAGGGAGCUCGUUUGGGACUGGUCGAAGGGCCUGGGAAGGUCGAUUGGGAGCGUGGGCAGCGACACUGCGAGAGCCGGGGAUGGGGCUAUGGGAUCGUCGACUUCAUCACCACCGAGAAUGGGGAGGCGUUGACGAGGAGGAGGCGGUGCUUGGUGGUGAACCCACAUGGUGCUCUACCUGAGGCAUGGGAGGAGUUUCUGGUCAGAGCUAUGGGCCCAGCACCGAUGAGUUCACUGCUGAAGCCAAAGGAGCACCAUGAACUGUGUUGGACCAAGCCAUUGCGUUUGGAGCUGGAGAGCGGCAUCCCGAGAGAUCGAAUGCUACCUCAACCCGCAGGUCAUGUCUGGUGGGGCGAAGAGCGGGAGGUGAUCCAUGGGAUUGGAGGCCCUGGUCGGUGGCCCUUGCUGUCUGACGACGGGAGCAGUCUACAGGGCUACUACGUCUACGAUCGCCGAGGACCUGGAGGCCAUGUUCGUCGUCUUGACCCGGAGGAACUAUGGGUUCUACAAGGGCGUCAGCUUCGAGACCUACCAGCCAACAUCCCUGCCGAGGUUGCGGUGAUCGAAGGGGUCCGAGCCACGGGAGUUCAAACUGCCGCGAACCUGGUAACCAUGGGAGGCCAAAUCCUCUGUGAGCUGAUCGCCCGGGAAGCGGGGGAACUGAACCCGGGUAAGGCCGGGAUGAUGCCGGACGCCACCGGAGCAGAGGCCAUGGCCCAGAUCCUGCUGUGGCUCAGAAGGUGGAAGAGAGGAGAGCUGAGGCGGAACCCGCCGUCCUAUGAGGCCGACACCACCAGGGCUGGUGGCGGCACGGGGCCACCUCUGAGGAGGCUGUGGAGGUGGUCGGAGGCGUGGUGGUGGGCUCAAUGCAUGGACGAGGAGGAGGAGGAUGAGGCCUACACCCUGGAGUUCGCCAACGAGAUCAAGGGUUCCUAUGCUGGCGGACGGACCAAAGCCAAGACCGACCCGCUCAAGGUUGCCGAGAAGGUGGGAGCCCAGGCUGUUCACCUCACCAAGAGUCUCGCCCCGUUUUGCGGUGAUGUUCGCGAAAGGGUCGAUGAAUGGCUGGAAGAGAACAUGACGGGGGACAAGAGUGCCGCGACGGAGAAGGCCUAUGGCGGGGCAUGGAUGAAGUGGUGUGCUUGGGCUAGACGACAGGGCUGGCCGGAUGAGUUCCUCAACCGCAACGUGGACCCGAUUGAGAACGAGAACCGAGUACUGGCCUACGUGGGUUACCUGGGAUGGCUGGGCGCCUCGCCCAAUACCAUCCGUCAACACAUCUUCGCGAUGAAGAUGGUGCACAAAAGGAGUGGCAGGGGCGACCCCUUGGACGGAAUGCACCGCGUGUGGAUCCUCGUCAACGCCUUGGACCGGAGGUCGACUACCAGGAAGCCACGACGCUUGGGGGUCACGCCUGAGAUGUUAGUGUGGUUGGGCGAGAACCUGGUCGACCCGUUAGUGAAUGACCGGCAUUCAAUCCCGUACGCGGAGGCAGUGAUGGUCGUGGCGGCCUUGGAGCUGGCGUGGUUCUUCAUGCUGAGGGCCAAGGAGUUCGGGGAAUCGAACGGAGUGGACGAGAGCAUGAUCACGAGGGGCUGCGACAUCCGCCUUUCUCACCAAGGAGUGGCGAAACCGGUGGGGGAGGCGACGGAGAUCUCCCUCUUCUUCCGGAAGACCAAGAAUGACCAGCUGGCCUUCGGGGACACCAAGACGCUGCAGGCCACGGGGAGGAAGCACCUUUGCCCAGUCGAAGCACUGGACCGUAUGAGGCAAGUCUGGACGAUGCGGUUCCUGCCAGGCCAUGCCGAGAGCACCAAGCCGUUGUUCAGAUGGAGCAAUGGCCAGGUCAUCAAGAGGAUCGAGAUCCAGCACUUCCUCCAGGAGGCAGCGGUUGGAGUGGGCUUGCCGCCAGGGAGGUUCAUGUCCCACUCUUUGAGGAUUGGUGGGGCAUCAGCUUUGUUCCAGUCGACAGCCGACAUCGAGUUGGUGAAGCGAGCGGGAGGUGGUCCUCCUCUGCGGUGCAACGCUACCUCUUCGACGGGGGGUCGGUCAGCGCAGUCUCCAAGAAGAUGGCCGCGGUUGGAGAUGUGA